CAUAUUGAGCAGCAGCCUUUGUGGAAAAAAAAUAAAAUGUCCAACUGUGUCAAAGAGAGAGCUUGUUCAGAUUUGGCAAAGCCUCCAGUAAAUGAACCGAGGGAACCGGAACAGUUUCUAAUGCAGGCGCCCCAGGGAAAUCCACUGCUGCUUUCUCACACCCUACAAGAGCUAUUGAGCAAGGAUAGUGUGCAGGUGGAGCUUAUACCUGAGAAGAAGGGCCUUUUCCUGAAACAUGUGGAAUAUGAGGUUUCCAGCAAGCGAUUCAAGUGCUCAGUGUACAGAAGAUACAAUGAUUUUGUGGUGUUCCAUGAGAUGCUGCUUCAGAAGUUUCCCUACCGCAUGGUACCAGCACUGCCCCCAAAGCGGGUGCUGGGAGCUGACCGAGAAUUCAUAGAAUCGAGGAGGAGGGCUCUGAAGCGUUUUAUAAACCUGGUGGCACGGCACCCCCCGUUCUCAGAAGAUGUGCUCCUGAAGCUCUUCUUGUCCUUCAGUGGCUCUGAUGUGCAGAAUAAGCUACGAGAGUUGGUCCAAGGAGUGGGAGAUGAAUUCAUGACUUGCAGACUAGCUACCCAAGCCAAGGAUUUCCUUCCAGCUGACAUACAGGCCCAGUUUGCUGCCAGCAGGGAGCUCAUCAGGAAUAUUUAUAACAGCUUUUAUAAGCUUCGGGACCGUGCAGAGAGGAUAGCUUCUCGAGCCAUUGAUAAUGCGUCAGAUCUCCUCGUAUUUGGAAGGGAACUAAGUGCUUUGGGCUCAGACACGACACCACUUCCUUCCUGGGCUGCUUUGAACAACAGCACGUGGGGGACUCUGAAACAAGCCUUGAAGGGUCUUUCUGUUGAAUUUGCACUUCUGGCAGAUAAAGCUGUGCAACAGGGUAAACAGGAAGAGAAUGAUGUGGUGGAGAAGCUGAACCUUUUCCUGGAUUUACUCCAGUCCUAUAAAGACCUGUGUGAAAGGCAUGAGAAGGGGGUAUUGCACAAGCACCAGCGAGCACUGCAUAAGUACAGCAUGAUGAAGAGGCAGAUGAUGAGUGCCACUGUGCAGAACAAGGAACCAGAAUCCGUGGAGCAGCUGGAGUCUCGGAUUGUGGAGCAAGAAAAUGCCAUCCUAACCAUGGAGCUGCGGAAUUACUUUUCUUUGUAUUGCCUGCAUCAGGAGACACAGCUCAUCCACAUCUAUCUGCCUCUCACGUCUCACAUCCUGGGGGCCUUUGUCAACUCCCAGAUCCAGGGUCACAGAGAGAUGAGUAAAGUUUGGAAUGAGUUGAAGCCGAAGUUGAGCUGCCUCUUCGUGGGAUCUAGCAAUAUGCCAACACCACCAUUGUCACCUCCAGAAGGAAACUUCUUCUCCAAUUAAUUCCCUGAGCACCUAGGAUGGAGCAAGAAGUGCAGUCAAGGGAGGGUGGGAUCUCUACCUCCAAAUGUUAGAAUGAAUCCUCCAAACAACUAUUAUUUUUUUUAUAUUGCUGCUUUGAGCUGCUCUCUGAAUUAGACUGGAUAUAGGGCAGAAUAUACAGAUGUAAAGACAAUCUCUUAAAUCUGAAGUGCUUUAGGGCAGGUCUG